AUGAAUAUUCAGAAAAAGACCAACCAACCAUCAAUUGCUUCGUUUUUUGCGAAAACAGAUUCAUCAAUAAUUAAAAAACCUAAAAAAGAAAGUGAACCACCAUCGAUUCGUGUAGAAAACAAAGAAAUAAUAAAAUCUCCAUCUUCUGAUUCAGACGAUAAAUCAUUUACAUUGGCUCCAACAAAAAAGUCAAGAAAACGGCUUCUCAGUUUUGAUGAAAGUGGUCCAGAUGAGAAAAGUAAUGCAUCGAAUGAAAAUAUUAAGAAAACGCCGACAAAAGCUGUUAAACAAAUGAAAAUAAUUGAUACUAAAGUUGAAAUAAAUGAUGAAAAGGAUUCAAUUUUUACUAAAAUUGAACAAACAACUAUUAUUCCAAUUGAACAAAAGACCAUUACUGAUACUCAAUCCUAUAAUCCCGGUAAAACAAAUUAUGAUCCAAUCAAUGAUGCUUGUUGGAAACUUGGUGAUGAUGUUCCAUAUAGUUCUCUAUCAACAACAUUACUGUUAAUCGAAGAAACAUCAGCCCGUUUGGAAAUUAUUCGUAUAUUAUCAAAUUUCUUUCGCUCAGUUCUUAGCUUAUCAUCAAAUGAUUUAGCUCAUUGCGUUUAUCUAUGUGUUAAUAAAGUAGCACCUGAUUAUGAUGGAAUUGAAUUAGGAAUUGGUGAAACGAUUAUUAUGAAAGCAAUCGCUGAUAGUACUGGGCGUACUGUUGAACAAUUAAAAUUAGAUUAUAAAUCUAAAGGAGAUUUAGGUCUUGUUGCUGAGGCAUCUCGCUCAACACAACGUACUAUGUUCAAACCAAAACCAUUGACUGCUUCACUUGUUUAUAAAAAAUUGAAAGAAAUUGCACAAUUAACAGGAAAUAAAAGUCAACAACGUAAAGGUGACAUAAUUAAAAGUCUUUUAGUAUCGUGUCAAUCACACGAAACUCGUUAUCUUGUUCGGUCUUUAAUUGGUAAACUUCGUAUUGGUUUAGCUGAGCAAUCGAUGCUUGUCGCCUUAGCUCACGCAUGUAUUCGUAAUGAAUAUUCAAAUUUAAAAGAAACAGCAUUGAAAGAACAUCUUGACAACGGUACACAUGCUGUUAAAGAUGCUUUUUGUCAGUAUCCAUCGUAUGACAUACUCGUUGAUGUACUUGUUAAUAAAGGUGGAAUCGAUAAAUUAAAAGAUUUAUGUAAAGCAACACCAGGUAUACCAAUGAAACCCAUGUUAGCACACCCAUCGAAAGGUAUUGAUGAAAUAUUAAAACGUUGUGGACAAAGUGAAUUUGCAUGUGAAUAUAAAUAUGAUGGAGAACGUGCACAAGUUCAUUUAACUGACGAUGGUAAAAUUUAUAUUUAUUCAAGAAAUUCAGAAAAUAAUACAUCAAAAUAUCCAGAUGUUAUCGAACGUAUUCCUAAUGCAUUUCAAUCAAAUGUUAAAUCUUUAAUUUUGGAUGGAGAAUGUGUAGCGUAUGAUAUAGAACAGAAAAAAUUAUUACCGUUUCAAACAUUAUCAACAAGAAAACGAAAAGAUGCUGAUAUCAAAGAAAUAAAAGUUCAAGUUUGUAUAUUUGCCUUUGAUUUAUUAUAUUUAAAUGGUGAAUCUUUGGUUGAAAAAUCUUUUCGUGAACGUCGUCGCUUAUUACAUGAAUCGAUUGUCUGUAUACCUGGUGAACUUGUUUUUGCUGAAUCUCGCACAACAUCAAAUAUUGAUGAGAUCAAUAUGUAUUUGGAACAAUCAGUUAAAGAUGGAUGUGAAGGUCUUAUGGUGAAAACAUUAGAUGAUGAUGCUACAUAUGAAAUUGCUAAACGAUCCCAUAAAUGGCUCAAAUUAAAAAAAGAUUAUCUUGAUGGUGUUGGCGAUACACUUGACUUAGUUGUUAUUGGUGGCUAUACAGGCACUGGUAAACGAACGGGUGUUUAUGGAGGAUAUUUAUUGGCAUGUUAUGAUAAAGAUAAUGAAGAAUAUCAAUGUAUUUGUAAAUUAGGUACUGGAUUUACUGAUGAACUACUUGUUUCACUUGGCAAUUCAUUAGAACCACACAUAAUACAAAAACCAUUGGCGUAUUAUCGUUAUUCUUCAUCGUUAACACCAGAUGUUUGGUUUGAUGCAGUGAAAGUUUGGGAAAUAAAAUGUGCUGAUCUGUCUUUAUCACCUCAUCAUCAUGCAGCAAUUGGACUAGUUGAUGAAGGAAAAGGAAUAUCUCUUCGAUUUCCUCGUUUUUUACAUGAAAGACAAGAUAAAUCAGUUGAAGAUGCAACAAGUGCUGAACAAGUUGCUGAUCUCUAUCGAAGACAAGAAAAAAUAAAAAACAUAGAUCCAAAUAAUCAAGUGGAUGACGAUGAUGAUAUGUACUAA